UGCGAGCAUCAUCUCAACGCAGCAAUUGCGCAGCUGCACCCUCAAAUCGAAACUAAACCCAUAGAAAGUUUGCUCUUUUCACAUGCCAUCUUUGGUUAAUGAGGCUGCGUUGCACUUGUUUUAAACCAAAAGCAUCAUUUAAACAGGACCAGACGUUAUGGCAUUGAGGGCGUGUGGAUUUAUCAUUUUUCGUCGUUUGGCACAACAGCCUCCACCUGAUAAUAUAGAGUUUUUACUGCUGCAGACUUCUUAUGGGCAACACCAUUGGACACCACCCAAAGGUCACGUUGACCCUGGAGAGGACGAUUUGACCACCGCCUUGCGAGAAACGCAAGAGGAAGCGGGUUUGGGUAAAGACCACCUGCGUAAGGUGGAGGGCUUCCUGCAGAAGCUGCAUUAUCAGGUACGGGGAAAAGACAAAGAGGUCCUCUACUGGUUGGCUGAACUCUGUGACCCAAGCACAAAGGUCAUUCUCUCAGAGGAGCACCAGGACUACCGCUGGGCCAAACUACAGGAGGCAUGCCAACUAGCGAAAUACAAGGAUUUACAGGAUACACUUCAAGCGGCACAACGGUAUCUAGAAACAGAAGGCAAACAAUGACAUAUAAGCUCAGAUGAAUAUGACAAUCUUCCUCUUUGAAAGUAGUUAUCUAGAAUUUAAUUUUGCAGAGGAACAUUUGACAUAUUUCCAAGCUUUGAAUGUUUCGAGCUAACAAGGGGAAAUUGAAUUUGACCACAAACUGGAAAUAGACUGAUAAUCUAAUUUAUCGAUGAAUAGCAAAAAAAGCAUUUUAUGUGCAAUAAUAUGCAUUAUCCCAUAAUGAGACACUGUCUUUGGUUAUUGCUAUAACACAUUUCAUUACGCAAUUUACUUCCUGGUGUUGUUUAAAUACUGUAUGUUUAGGUUACUGGUUAUCACAGUGGUGUUUUAGAAUAUGCUUGAUCUCUUAAAGGGAUAGUACACCCAAUAGUGAAAAUUCUGUCAUUAUUUAUUCACCCUCACGUUUUUCUAAACUUGUAAAAAUUAGUUUUUUUCUGCUAAAACAGGUGCACGUUGACUUUCAUAGUAGGAAAAACAAAUAUUAUAGAAGUCAAUGGUGGUUUUGUUACAAACUUUGCUUUAAAAUAUUUUCUUUGUGUUCAGCAGAACAAAGAAAUAUAUAUGGGUGAUUCUCACGAAAACUUGGUUUUAAAAAUGUCAAGCAUGAAAAUGUAAAAAUUGCUUAAAUUAACUUUUUUUCCCACCAGACAUUGAAAAACAAAGUCUGGAGUAAAUAUGAACAUUAAUUUAAACACUUUUACUUAUCAUUUAACACUUUUUGUAACAUAAUUUAAAAAAUUAGUCCUAAAAAAUCUCAUUACCGCAACAGUCAGAAAACAUCAACACUGACAUAUUUUCAAAAUGACAUGACAAACCUGAAAGAACAUAAUUUGGAGAUUCUGCACAUGCAUUUAAAAUCAAAGUGUUAUGUUUCUAUUAAUUAAAUUAACAUUUAAUUAGCAUCUGUUGUGGUAAUGAUAAUCAAAAUGUCGUGUAAGCAUUCUGACAAGACAAUAUUUCAAAUUAACUGUAAAAAAAAUGAUCUUACCUGGUAGCCAUCUUGAAGUAACUGGUCCAUGUGCUUGGUCACUCAAAAUCAAACUUUAUUAAAAUUCUGUAUGUGUGCUUAAACUGUUCUCAAAAAGUGUUGCGGAGGAUGAGAACAUCAGGCAUGGACACAUAAUUUUCCUAAUUUUUCUUCAUUAUUAUUAUACAUGAAUAUUCAGUAAAUAUUUUUUCUGUCAUCUAAAGUAGUCUAGCAAAACAUCCAUUUAGUUUUUUUCUAAAUAUUUUUGUGUUAAUUUGAUUAAAUUACAACAUAACGCAUGUUCAAACACAGCCGGACACAUUGCGGUAAUGAGAAUUUCAGCAGAAAAUGAGAUAAAAUUGACAAAUUAUUAUGUUGAAAUCACACAUUGUGCAAGGUAGAACACAGUAUUGUGUUAAUUCUGAUGCUUUUUAAUAUUACUAUAUUACACAUUUUAUAGCUAAAAUCAUUAGUGCCGUGGUGUUUCAAUGGUUUCGUGAGAAUCACCCAUCUAGGUUUGCAACAACUUGAGCAUGAGUAAAUGAUUUUUGGGUGAACUAUCCCUUUAAAUACAAAGUAGAAUAAUAAACUUUAAACAUUUAAUACAUCCAAAAUGUUUCAUUGCAAAAUAUUUUUUACCAUGUAAAUUGUUCGAAAUAAAAUACAACCAGUGAUGGAAUUAA